AUAAUAUGCUAUGCUCCGUCGCGGCUGAACUCCACCACUCCGUACGUCCGUGUCGCCGCAAUUUCAAGCUCAGUUUCGACCCCUAUCACCGGCAUCAUCAUCAUCUUCCCCCUUUUGUCGGAACCACAAAAAUCCUACUAAUUCAUCCAACAUCAACAUCAACCUCGUGAACCAAUGGUAAAAACUAGACAACAAAAAUCCAAACCCAAACCCAAGAAACAACAACAACAACAUCCCCAAGUAAAGAAGCAGGGAAAGCAGGCAGAUAUUUCGCUCGAUGCUUUGGGCCUAAAGAUCAUCAAAGUGACUGCAGAUGGUAAUUGUUUUUUCAGUUAGCAGGGCUCUUGCUGAUCAGUUGGAAGGUAAUGAGGAAGAACAUGGAAAAUAUCGCAGCAUGGUGGUGCAAUAUAUAGUGAUGAACCGUGAAAUGUUUGAACCCUUUAUUGAGGAUGAUGUCCCAUUUGAUGAAUACUGUCAAUCCAUGGAAAAGGAUGGCACAUGGGCUGGGCAUAUGGAACUGCAGGCAGCUUCUCUUGUUACUCACAGAAAUAUAUGCAUACAUCGGAACAUGUCACCUCGCUGGUACAUAAAGAAUUUUGAAGAUAGAGCAGCUCGCAUGGUCCAUUUAUCAUAUCAUGACGAAGAACACUACAACAGUGUAAGAUUGAAAGAAGACCCCUGUAAUGGGCCAGCAAUGCCAAUUAUAAUUAAGGCAGAUGCUGAUAUCUCAGCGUCAUCUAAUCAAGCAAAAGCUGCUGUUAGUAAGAUGAAGGGAGCAGCUGGUAAGGACUGUAUCAAUACAGGAUCAAUGAAAUUAGUAAUGGCUGGAAGUGGUUGUGAAAGUGCGGAAAAAGUUGAACAGGUCUUGUUACAAGUAGAUGGUGACGUUGAUGCUGCUAUAGAGUUUCUGAUAGCAGAACAAGGGGCUGAAGAAUGUACAGCUGCAAAUAAUUCACUUACUUGUCAUGCAAAUGGUUCUUAUGGUAAUGAUGAAAAUGGAAACAGUGAACAGUACAAGGAAGAAAAUGUAGGGAAGACCUGCGAACAGGAUCCAUCUAGUGAUGGCACUAAAACCCUCGGUGGUAACACUCCUCAGCUGGAUGAAAAGAAGAUUCCAAGAAACAAGUUAUGCCCCUGUGGAUCAAAGAAAAAAUACAAGGCUUGUUGUGGAUCUGUCUCAGGGAGGUCCUCGACUAAGAUUAUGGUUAACCAGCCAAUGGAGGCCAGAAAGGGUAGAAAGGAGCGGAAACAGAGCAAUAAGGGAGUAUCUGCUAAAUCCGCGGUAUACUCUGGAUCUGACGGAGGGCCACCUGACAUGGGAGCACUUUGCAUAUGAUCUUAGUAUCAUAUCUUGUACGGGCCAUACAUCGGAUCUUAUUCUAACCUUCUUCCAAUAUGCUUACAACUGUUUGACAACGACUUAUGCUGGCAGCCUCUGGAAAAUGAAUCUGAGUGCUCGGUCAGAUGCUCGUUCUUUAUUCUCAUGAUUUCUUAUCCAUCCAAAUGUUAGCAAGACAAAUAGUUUGUACUUAUCAACUCCCAAGUUUAUUUUUGAGAUUCCUGUAAAUAGUUUUCUUUAGCAAAAUUUGAGAUUAUACAAAUAGAGAAUGAUGGUGAUGAUGAAGAAAAGGAAUUAGAAAUGGGUAUAGAUUCUUGUUCAAAGAUGCAACUAUAUAUAGAUGUUGUUUAACAUUCAAUCCAA